GCCUAGCUUUCUAUAACAUGAAGCCAACCCACACUUGACCCUCUCGCAAUUUGGUCCCAACUGCAUUGUCUGCUGAGAUAUAUUGUUUGACUAUAACCAAGCGCUGAGAGUUGGAACGCACGGAUCCUUGUACCCUAGCUUGCCCGUGAUCAGACUUGCAACUCGCAACUUUCAGACCUCCACAAACCACCGUCACCGCAACACCUACUUCAAAUCAAACGCCGUCACCUAUACGCACGAAUAUCCCUACAGUAUGGGUUCCGUCGUCCUCCCACACCUGCGCACUGGCUGGCACGUCGACCAAGCGAUUCUCUCGGAAGAAGACCGACUCGUCUUGAUUCGCUUCGGACGCGACUCGGACCCAGACUGCAUGUCGCAAGACGAAGUACUCUACAAGAUUGCCGACCGCGUAAAAAACUUUUGCGCCAUCUACCUGUGCGACCUGGACGAAGUACCCGAUUUUAAAGCCAUGUACGAACUUUACGACCCGUGCACCGUCAUGUUCUUCUUCCGCAACAAGCACAUGAUGUGCGAUUUUGGCACGGGUAACAACAACAAGCUCAACUGGGUGCUGGAAGAUAAGCAGGAGUUCAUAGAUAUUAUUGAGACGGUAUACCGGGGUGCGAAGAAGGGUAGGGGUUUGGUGGUUAGUCCCAAGGAUUACAGCACAAGAUAUAGGUACUAGAGGGUGAUGGAUAUGGGCUAUGGAUUUGCAAGAGGAGGAUAUCGCUACGUUGUUGUUCUGGAUACCGCUAUUGCUAUAGGAGAGGGACCUGCGCGCGCAGUGACGUGGAUGCAUCUGGAGUGUGGCGUUGGCAACAGAUGUUGCCUUUGAUGUAUGGUCGCUUCGCAAGACUCAAGAAUAUUUUUUUCAAGCUUUCAAAGACAGAUGAAGAUGACGAUUACAACAAGACCACAAGAGCAAUGCCGUAUAUGGCUUCAUAUUUCUACUUUUUCGUUGCUUUCCGUCACCUCGACCUUUGGUUUUGACCAUCCUUGCUCCCACAGCCCUCCUCUCACUCCUCUCCAUACGACUUCCA